GAACCGUUACCCAAAACACGGUGUUUUGAUUUCACUAAACCCAACAGUCACUACUCUCAUUUAAUUAACCAUGGUUAGUUUUCUCACUAAAUGUAUUUAACCAUGGUUAACUCUCCUUUUCUCUUCUUUUAAAAUCCUCACCCACUCAUCGAAAACGAGAGAAAAUCACAAAAUCAAAACCCACCAAAAAACAGAGAAACCAAACAGAGAGAAAAAAGAAAGAAAAAAAACUGAAACAGGAAGAAGAAAAUGGCAUUGUAUCUAGAUGAAGAAGAGAUAUGGAAAUGUCUAAAACACCCUUCAAAGCGAAGGAAGAUUGGAAUUUGUCCAGUCUGUCUCCGUGAACGUCUCGCAACUCUCUGCCCUGAUUGCGCAAACGUCCGGCCGUGUUCUUGUUACGCAACAACUUCUUCUUCAUCUUCAUCAGCAUCUUCAUCGUUCUCUCGAUUUUCAGUUUCCGGUGAAGGUGUCGGCGUUGUUGGUAAAGUUCAUAAUCUCAUCGAUCGUGAGCCGUCUCUUCGUCGUUCUCGCUCCUUGGCUAUUCCUUUUCUCCGAUCACGAUCGAGAUUCUCUGGCGCCGGUAAAGAAAUUGAACCUGAUAGAAAUUCGCCGGUGAUUAAUGGAAGUAGGUCGGCGAGGUCGUUUUGGUCGCUGUUUAAGACGCAUAAGAGUAAUAGAGGAAGUGAAUCGGAGCAUGAUUGGGAGUCGAAGAAGGUUUUGACGGAGGAACGUGACGGUGAUAUGAGUAGAAAAGCUGUUAUGGCUAGGUCAAGAUCGGUGGCUGUGACGGCGGUUUCCGGUGACGGUGAUUUCAGAGCACCGCGUUCGAAAGGGAAGGGAUGGUAUUUUCCGAGUCCGAUGAAGGUUUUCCGGCAAUCAAAGGCUUCUAAAGUUGUUCAGGAACGUUCUCCUUUGUAUAGAGGUUGAAAAUUUUGUAGAUUAUGAUAUAAUGAAAAAUAGUAACAAUAUUAAUUAACUCAAAAAUAUUAAUUUUACUUUUUGUUAUUUUUAAUUCCAUUAUUAUGCUCUUUGAUCAUUAUGAUUUUGAUCAUAUAAUUCUGAUUAUAGUGUUUUAUGCCUGAAAUCCAGUGGCUGAAAAAAUGUUGAAUUUGGUGUACAGAUAUGAACAGUGACAAAAACGGUUAUGGUUA